UUUGCCGAACAGAAGAUGGAGUUCUGAGUAUCUGCUUUCCCUUCCCAGUGCUGUUAAUCCUCGUAUAUGCCCAGAACAUAAUAUAUAGUUAAUGGCUAAACAACAAGAUUUUUUUUAUCUUUUAAACUCCAAUUACGUUACUCUAUAUUUUACGGCGUUUGUCACUUGCUACACGGAAGAGAACCAUCUGCCCAUGAUAACGCGACCUGUAAUAUCAAUGGUAACCACAUUGAUGGAGCGCCGCUCUCGAGCGGCCAGUAGAGGUUGGAGCUGGAAGGCAUGCGUGGGGUGCGCAUGCGCGGCGCACAGCACUCCGCGCCUUGUGCUGCUGCAGUUGAAGCCCUCAGCCCGGAGCUGCUCCUCCUGGCACAGCAUCACAUUUGUUCACCACAGAGACGAGAGUCUCCCUUCCCUGGGGAGUUUCUGCUUCAAUUUGGACGGAUGUCACCCGAGCCCCUUCUCCUUUCUCUCAACGCCGUGUUUAUGCCUUUUCAACAGGAAAAACAGUAGCGCUCCGGUGACUGGGAUUUGCCCAUCUUGACGAGAACAACUGCCUUCCUGGGUUUGGCCGCCAUAAUGCUUGGGCUUCAGGGAAAUAAUUCAUCCCCCAAAGUGUAUCGUUGUGUGGCGUGCUCUGCUACCUUCACUGGGCUGUCCUCGUUGCUUGUACAUCAAGCAACCCAUGCAAGUACACUCACCAAGGUCUCUUCCCCGCCUACAACACAGUCUAACAUCAGCCCACCGGAAAGCCAGAAUGUACAUUCAGACUCAGUCAGAGAGUGCCACAAUCCACCAGUGGUCUUGCCUGACAGCCCCUUACCUUCUUUUUAUAUUUGCGAUUGUGGAGAGGAAUUUCACAACUUUGACCUUAUGCUUGAGCACAAACGUUGUCAUGACUCACAAAUGGAGUUACUGCAGCCCCAUGACAAUAAGACUGUCCUUCCAAGUGAAACAGGAUGUGAUGAGACUUUCCCCGACCCACAUGUAUCAUUCACUCCUGAAACGCAGGCAGGUUUGGUCUUAAGUAGCUCUUCCACUUCCCAAUCCUCAGCUGCUCAAGAUCCCCCAUCAAAUGCUGUUAAAGGAGAUAUGGCCUUGGAAGACCGUGUUGCCUUGGUAACCCCUUCUCAAGGCCAGUUCACUCCCCCUUUAGAUAUCAUUGAGAAACAACUUGAAACCAUUUCUGCCACUGCAGAGCAAUCGCCAGAGACUUCUGAAGACAAGCAUUUGCAGGAGAAAAUGGUGUCUGUUCAUCAUAGAGCACAGAGUGAGACUUUUCCUACAAACAAUCAUCUAAUGAAGCUGCUGGCUAAAGCAUACAUUAAUCGCUUUCCACGUCCUCUACCUGAGAUUGAAAAUAACAAAGUUGUUCCAAAGCAGGAAAUUUUACCAGUUGAUGUCACACCAGGAGGAAAAGGACACAUGUCUCAGAUCAAUGAUCUCUCGAUUGCUCAGUUGAGACGACUGCUUGCUAAACCUGGUAUAAAAACAAAAGCCCCUUCUAUUAGCAAAAUACUUGAAUCAAGUAGGAAGCGGGUAGUCUCACUCACUAAGACUUUCUCUCCUGUUGUAGUUCUUGAGACUCGUCAAAAGCUAAUGGACUCAGUCAAUAAAGGCGUGUAUGGCAGGUAUCAAUGUGGCCGCUGUCGAAGGGUCUUUCAGAACUUGGACAGAUUGACGGAGCAUCAUUUUUUGCACAAAAAAGAGAGGAUAAAAUGUUGUCGACAUUGCAAACAGCUUAUCAUUGGGCGGUUGCCUUUGCCCGACAGUCACAUCUGCCCUCAGUUAGGAAAUAAGAGUGCAAAACCAUCCUUCCCUUUCAAAAACAAGUUCUCAUUCGGCUCCAAGAUAGUGCCAUUUCACAGUGUUAAUGCAAAGAAGGUUUACUACUGUCCACUGUGCAAACAUAGCUAUGCGCGUAGGUGGAACCUCAAAACACACCGGUGUCAGGGUCAAAUGGCGCGGCAGCUCGGUCCCUCUGUUCAGAAAAUGUUCACAAUAAGGUCAAAUAGUGAUGCCGAAAUUGACGAGGAUGAAAAUGAGUAUCACAACUCAAAGAGUGUCGCUGUUGGUACAGAUGUUACUGGACACGUUAAGGUUGAGCUGACUCCUUCAAAUUCAAAGCCAACUGUUGUCUCACAGUUUGCCUGGGCCCCUCCAGCCAAAGCUUUUUCCCCAUUCUCUGUUAAAAGGUCUUCAGUAGAGCAGCAUGAAAAUCUAUCUCUUAGUUCAGACCAAGAGGAAGAUGAGGGCAGCGAACACUCUGAAGAGCCUGAUGAGGAAGACGGCAACAAGGGGCGCUGGACAAUGCCCUUAGAUGAUGAUAUGCAGGUGCUCAGUUCCAGUAAUGAUGGUGAGAGGAAGCAGUCUGGCUCAGAACAUGCAGAGGUGGCACCACGGGCUCUGCACUACUUUGUGAGUGACGGUGUAAGACGCUACCCCUGCAACAGGUGUCAGAAGACCUAUAGCCGGGCCUCCACCCUACGGCGCCACCUGCGACUGUGUGCUUCUAUGGAGCAUGGACACGGGCCUGCAGGACAGAGUGGCCGUCAAGGGGCCAGUGCACAAGAUGGCAGUAAAGCGAAACCUAUGUUCCCCUGUUUUGUCUGUGGGAAGAACUUCAGUCGCAAAGAUAACAUGAUGGUUCACAGAAAGCGGUGCCAGCUUCUCCGAACAGUGCCUGACGUGGACAGUGCCAAUGUGCUGCAGAGUGCGCCGGGGUCUGUGGCGACUGACUCUGAAAAUCAGGAGGAUGAGUCGAGGAACUGGGGCAUCAUGUCACUGCCGUCUGUGCUUCCAAGGAGGGUGACGUGCGAGUGUGGGGUUGGGUUCACCUCUCCGAGGCUUCUCCUUGAGCAUUUGCAGAAGCAUGCUCAGGAAUCGUACACAUGUCCUACUUGCGGGGAGACUGUUAAUUCCUGGGCUGACUACGAAGUUCAUCUGCAGGUCCACAUGCAUCCUCACCGCAAGCUGCAAAAGCGUUUACCACCACAACGAUCACAGCCUCUUUUACUUAGAUUUCAGCGGCAGCAGCAGCCGUGCCCGUCAGUGCUCCAUUCCUCACAGAAACAGCCACACCACGAGUCACUUCCAGUUCCAGCAAGGAAACGGCAUGUGUGCUCGCGGUGCGGAAACAGUUUUGCAACUCGCUGUUCCCUUCGAAGGCACGUAUCCUGGAACCGGUGCAAAGGUGCGCGAGCUAUGAAUCCAGCCUCAAAUCCGCCCAAAGCUUUUCACUGUUCACACUGCAACUCUGACUUUCCCAACUCCAUCUCUCUAAUGUUUCAUCAGAGGAAUGGAGCUUGCAAACUUGUCAUCAAGCCUGUUCGUUGCCCCGUUUGUCUGCGCUGGUUCGGUACUUUUGACAGCCUGCAGAAACACCUGCUCACUCACAAACAGUCUGAAUCAUAUCGCUGUGAUGUCUGCCAGGGUACAUAUCCCAGCCUUAAAUCUCUCAAGAACCACCGCAGGAGGAUUCAUCGCAUCAUGGCAGGAGACACGCUGCCAAAAACGCAGGAAUCACUGAGUGGUUAACGCCUCUGGAAUUGAACAGGAAUAGAGUAGUAUGUGAAAGACCAGAGCACAUUUAACUUGUUGCAUAGGUGUCAUGCUUUUAUUUUUCCUUGCAUGAAAUUUGACAUUGUAUAGAUGCAGAAAGUGUUUUUAAAGAACAUGUAGGUGUAAUUUGGCUUUUUACUGUUUAAAAAAAAAACUGACAGACAUUUUACCUUUUUUUCCAAGCUAUUCCCAAAAUCUCUUAAACCUAAUUGGCAGUAAGUCAUUAUUGGGCUGUCGAACUUCUUUCACACAGUUGGUAUUGUAGCUUGAUGUCGUUCAUGGUGUUAAUAAACAUACAUAUGUGUGAAACGUCA